AUGGCGGUGCAGCACGAUUGUAGUAAUUCAUUUGUGUCCCCUCUACGUAGAAAGUGGGGGUACUGCGAUGACAUGCUGACCGAGCGUCGACAAAAAACACUGGUAUUGUCUAUUGGUAUUACAGAAAAUAAUUAUCAAGGUCGCGGUGCGGAUGGUAUGGAUGAAAGGAGGUUACGCGGUCGGCGUAAAAUACAGCGUUUGAAUAUAAAAAAGAUGCUUCCCCGUCAGUAUUAUAGUGAACAAGACAUGAGGAAACGUCAAAUCGAUACGUUAAAAGUCUUCAACGAUAAUGUCUUGGAGAUAUCGGAAAACUCUGAAUACCGAGUGGAUUUCUUAGUUGAUGGUAAAAAUAUGAGCCUCUUAGUGAUACUAGGACCUGAAUUUCCUAACGAGAAACCUUCCAUAUUCAUUAAUCCGCCUAUAAUGCAUCCGUGGAUUGGCGAAAAUUCAAAUCAAGUUAUCGGUGCGCCUGGGUUGUUGAAUUACACUCUGCACUCAGAUCUAGGGCGUGUUGUCCAAGCUAUAAUAAGAGAGUUCCAGAAGUCAAUGCCAAAGUUGACCAAUACUGAGGAACCUGUGAAAUCCAACGAAACAAGUCCCCAAUCGCAAGCCACCGGUCAAUCUUUGAUGUUUCCGGAGUUAAAUGAAUGUAGUAUCGAAGAGUUACAGGAGGUAUUGGAGAAUACUGAUUUACAGGACAAAAUUAUUGAAGUCAACCCACAAAUUGUUGAGCUGGAACAGGAGACAGAAGAAUUAAUGACCAGCAUUGAAGAGAUUGCUCAAGAAAAUUUGGAAAAACAACAAAUGCUUGAUGAUAUUAAAAGUGAAGUGGUCGACCGUAUCUCAACUAUUGUUCAAAUGAAAAUGAACUUUGAAGAAAUGAACCGUAAACAUCAAAAGCUGUCCGAGAUGUAUGAUCCGUAUAAGAUCAGGGAUUAUUUAAAGGAGGCUGCAAUGAAAGCUGACGAGGAAUCUGAAGUCAUCGCAGAGAAAUUUCUGACAGGCGACAUGCCAGUGGAAGCAUUCGUUUCGCAGUUUGCUGAAACGCGAGCUUUGGGGCAAGCCCGACGCGCCCGGGAGGAACGGCUAGGCCAUCAGCUGGCCUUACUUGAUAGAGCUACAACUUCAAUAAGGCCCAUGACUAAUAAAGGGUAA